AUGGCUUACGUGAAGAUGAGAUGUGUCUAUAUUUUCCUUCUGUUUCUGGGAGCCCUUUGCUUGUAUGUUAGCAAGUACAAUGUAACUCCAUUUAAAGAAGAGAGAUUUGUUUUCAAGAAAGGAAGUGGGAUCUUCCUUCAGCUCCCGGAAGUGGACUGCAGGCAGAACCCGCCUUUCCUUGUCCUGCUGGUGACUUCCUCACAUAGUCAGCUGGCUGCUCGCAUGGCCAUCAGGCAUACCUGGGGAAAAGAGAAGGUUGUGAAGGGAAAACGAAUAAAAACUUUGUUUCUCCUGGGUGCUGCAACCAAACAGGAUGAAAUGACAGCGGUGGCCUAUGAAGGUCAACAACAUCAGGACAUUAUCCAGAAGGACUUUGUGGAUGUCUAUUUCAAUUUGACUCUGAAGACCAUGAUGGGCAUGGAAUGGGUCCACCACUUCUGCCCUCAGGCUGCCUUUGUGAUGAAGACAGAUUCAGAUAUGUUUGUAAAUGUCUACUAUCUGACUGAAUUACUACUGAAGAAAAACAGAACAACUAGGUUUUUUACGGGCUUCUUAAAAAUGAAUGAAUUCCCAAUUAGAACAAGGUUCAGUAAGUGGUUUGUCAGUAAACAUGAGUAUCCCUGGGACAAGUACCCACCGUUUUGCUCUGGCACGGGGUAUGUUUUUUCUAGUGACAUUGCGAGCCAGGUGUAUAAUGUUUCUGAGAGUGUUCCCUUCAUUAAAUUAGAAGAUGUGUUUGUGGGGCUCUGCCUGGCCAAACUGAACAUUAAGCUGGAGAAACUUCACUCAGAGGAGACCUUUUUCCCUGAGGGGUUGCAUUUCUCCACUUGUCGCUUUAAGAAAAUUGUGGCCUGCCAUUUUAUCAAGCCUCCAGAAAUGUUGAUUUAUUGGCAGGCCCUGGAGAAUUCCUGGGGACAGAAGUGCCCAGUUGUUUGA